GAGAGUUGCUUGACGUGCUAAAUAAAGGCACAAUAAGGACAGAAAUCUAAUAUCAACGAGACACCGCCAACCUCAUAAUGAAUAAGAAUGUGGAUUAAGGGACACCAGAGUGUUUCAGUACAUGUUUUAGGAAUGUUUCGAAUCUGCUGACUCGAGACAUGAAUUUGGCUGAAAGCUGAAAAUGGGCAGAUCAGAGUGAUGACAAGUUCCUCUCAAUGGUUACGAGGCAAAAAGUAAUUUAACACCAGAUAGAGUGAGGCCACUUUGAGUGGGAGGAGAUAUGAGCCAGUGAUAUGUCAGAACUUGACGGAAACAAUCAAUGGACUUGUGAGUGUGUAAGAGAAACAGGGAGGUAAGAAUCGUCUCUUAAUACCUAAACAUUGAUCUUUUCAAGUAGUACAUUAUGUUACCAUUCACUGGAUGAACUGCAGGCUAUUUCACAUCAAAUAUAGUCAACAAAUCCAAUGGAAAAUGUUUGAGAAAGGCUGGGAACAUUUCUAAAGUUUGAAGACUUGGUGGACUGCACUAAAGCAUCUACUGAAUUCAAGGAUAUUUCAAAGUUCUGCAAAACUUCCAGACACUACAAUGAUUGUUUUAUGGAGUAUCUUGAUUUUGUUGACUGACAUAUGAAGAAGAACCUCACCUAUUUGAAUAAUUUACCAACCCUCCACCAAGAGCUGCUGCUGUUAGUUAUUGUUUACACAUCGUCAUGAUUUGAUCUACAUUCCUUGUACCUUUAUAAAAGGACAUCAACUUCGAGGCUCAAAUCAUGUCAAACUCUCAAGAGCAAAGCCUAAAUGAGAAUAUUAUCUUUACUCCAUUGACGGAGUCCAGUCCAGAUUUCUUGCACUGUGAGGCAGAACGAUAUUGUGUGGAAAGCCUGGUAAGUUCAGGCCCUGGAGCAUACUACACCAACCUCAACAGAGAACAAAUUGUACCUUUCCUCUCCCCUGGGGAGGUGAACCAGAUCUCCAGCUGGACUGAGGACUAUCGCAGCAGUGAUGCAGUACUUGAGGAUGUAAAUGGCAAAGAGGAGGUAGGUUCUGAUCUACAGGACUUUUCUGGACACUAUUUUCCUGAACAGUCUGACACGCCAGCACCAUGCUUAGAGCUGGGAUGGCCGGAAAAGAACAACUGGAUGGAUAUGGGACGAGUUCUGGUCUACACCAAUCCUCCUGCAGAAAAUGCGCCUCCAAUACGAGAAAUUCUCAGGAGACUCCUACAUGGAGCCAAUAAGCUGAUUGCCAUAGUGACCGACAAAUUGUCAGACAGUGCUGUCAUUGGUGACCUCCUAUGCGCUGCAUCACGUGGAGUUCCUGUGUACAUCAUUCUCAACCAAAGAUCCGUGGAAGAGAACUGCUCUUUGCAGCGGCUUCAACAUCCGAAUAUCAGAGUGCGCCUUCAAGGUGGUAAAACGUUCCUGACGCGUGAUGCAAAGAUGUUGGUUGGAGAACUCAAGGACAACUUUGUAUUUGUGGAUCUGGAGACUGUAAUGUUGGGGAGCUACAGUCCUACCUGGAGCGACUCUCACCUGCAUCGUCAGAUCAUCACUGUUAUGAGUGGGCCAGUGGUGGAAUCGUUCGAUCGAGAGUUUCGAAUCCUCUAUGCUACCUCAGUCCCGAUCCCAGACACACUGAAAACUGGAAUGCUAGAAAAUGAAGCUAAUGCACUUUUUAAGCCAGUACCUUUGAAUUUGAACAACACUAAAGUUGAAAUCACCGAGUUCAUCUCCAAUCCUCCCCCUCCCCCAACCGACUGCCCACUGGACUGGGAGGCGAUGGGAGUCAUCCAGAGAUGUCCAGAGAGCCCUCUUUAUUCACCUGAUGCUGGUGAGGUGCCAUUCCAGCAUCGACCUGUCCUGGACAGACGUCACGGUGGAUGGGAGUAUCCCUCAAAUGAGUUUAAUGCCAGAGUUUUGUCUGGGCAUCAAGAGGAGGGCAAGUUAAAUUCAAUGUUUCUGUCUGACUUCAGGCAUCCAGAAUAUCAAAGACCAAGACGACAUUUCUCCCCAGGGGAAAUCCAGAUGCAUCACAACGAGCAAGUGAACAGCUCUUUCAUACCAAGGCCUUUACAAAUGCCUGAAAGAAUCCCAUACAAUCUUCACUCUCCACUGUUGAACGCUGAAAAUGAGGAGAGAUAUCCUGUAUACAAACCUCGCACCCACAGAAAGGACAUAACAUCAGAGGAAGAUGUCGGACUGACGAUCAGACGAGAACCCUUCCUCAGGAGGGACAGAGUUUCAGGAGAGAAUAAGAACCCAGAGGGAAACAAAGCAGCUCAUAUGAAGAAGCCUGCAGAGCUGUCACGGAGCAAGACUUUCAGCACGUUGAGUGACAUUAUCAAAAGAGUGAAUGCACGUGUGAGUUCAGGACAGCAGAAGACAGAAAACCUAACACCAGGAGUCAGCAAAUCAACACUGGACCUCAAUUUACAGCGGGCAGAUGCUUCAUCAAAUGCUCGAACCACUAACUGUGACAAUCUGCCCCUAACUCCAGCUCUGGCACUUAUGAAAAAGCGGAAUGAUGAGGUAAAAUCUGGACUGCUGCGGAGCAUGCCCAGUGUGUUUGCACCGAGUUUCAGAAGUUCCGGCUUCGGCCUGCAGAGGGAGACAUGGAGAUCUAAUUUUAGAAGCCAUAGAAACGAAGAGGAGCACUGACAAAUGGAAACUCCAGACUGAUAUCACCAGUGUUAAAAUAAUACCCACAUAUUUUAAAUACAUGUAACUGUAAUUAA